AUGGCUAUGUGGCCUUUUCGCAAUAGAGGCGACAAGCGCGCUGCGACAGAAAUCCCUUCUGCUCGCAAUGUAGCAAAGUCAGCCGCCGUCAGGCCUAGCCGCGAUGCGCCGAGAUUCAGCUUCUCGCCUGAUCGUCAGGACGCAAUCCAGGUCGAUCGAGCCCAAGAGCCGGCAGAAGAAAAUACGAAUGCGCCCAAUCCCAUUUGGCAGAACCGGGUACCAACCCUGCACCACAAACGAAGCGGAAACCAACCUUCGAGGAGGAAGAGCAGCAAGCGAAAGAGACAUGACCACAACCGGGAGGCAGAGAUCAAAGCCAUGAGUGCCUUUCCACCGGCACGAGCAACUACCGAUACGUUUGCCACUACUCGAAGUACAAAACGUGAUAAUAAGCGAGCAAAGACCUUGCCGGCCAGGCCACCUGCCAGGGCACCUUGGGACAGCCCUACAUCUGACGCCUCGCUACCUCUCCCCAUCUCAGUUGAAUCCCGCCUGUCCUCCGAUUCCAAUUAUUCGUCUUAUCGAGUAACUGCCUUAGAUUCUCUCGCACCCAGACCAACGUUAAGAUAUCAAGGAAGCGCUCGACUGCUCCCGUCCCGUGCUUCUGGGCUUGCACGAUCGGGCUCUCAGAAAAAGAGGCUCGCUGCCCUCGACGAGGAGACGGUCAGGGCGCAUAAGCGCAUUGAUGAGCUGGCCGACGAUUUCGAUGCCGGCGAAUUGCGUGAGCUCAUGGAAAGGGAUGCCAGGAGACGGGAACGAAACAAGCAGCAUGAGCGAGACAGAGCGGAGAGGAGAUUAGCACGAAAGGCUGAAAAGCAAAAGAAAGAGGAAGAAACCGCCAGGGAGAGGGGGACUCCGUCUCCCGAGAAUCUCGAGCGUGGUGUCAUGGGCCGAGAACUUGGUCUCGGCAUCGAUCCCCCGUCAACCGUAGUGACAUCCUCCAAGCAACGGGUUUCUCCAGAGCCAAUGUCUGAUGUCGAGGAGUAUUCCCAGAAGCCUCCCAAGGGCUUCCAGGCGGAGCCCCUAGGGACAUUCCACAGGGUAGAUACGGCACCUCGUGAACCUGAACCUACCCAAGCUCCCGAGAGAUUUCCUCAGAUUCCUCGAAUGUCAGAUGAGCGUCUUCCCACCGUAUUACCUGCUGUUAUUCGGCUUGAGGGCAACAUGUUACCCAAGACGUCGACAUCUGGGUCAAACUUUGAUUCUGACAAGGAAAAGACAUCUUUGGCAAUGGACGAUGAUGUCACGACACGGAAGGGAUCUGAGACCAGCAGCAAGACUAACCGCAUAUCGUUCUCUACCUUGCUUAGAUGGGGGAGAAGUCGCCGCAACUCGGGCGGUCCGUCUUCGUUCUCAAACACCUCGCGCGAAGAAAUGUCCAUGGCUGCCCAUGUGGCGCAAGCGAAAGCGAGAAGCCUUGAGUCACCCGGGUCGUCAUUUUCCGGCAACUAUCUAUCAUCCAAGCCAGGCUCAGGCCCACCGAAGCGAAUGAAAUCCCGCUUCCGAGAAGAUCUACCAGAACUGCCGCUAUCACCCCCUGGAUCCCGCCUUCAAUCUCCCGAAGCAGAUGCCUCGCGCCCAAGCGUUUCCGAAUACAGAUCUGCCGCUGGUUCAGAACCGAUAACUAUCCAUCACCCCAUUUUGCGAGACGAUACCCCAACUUCCGGCCAUCGUUCCAUUGACAUUUCCCAAGGACGUGCGUCGAGAGAAAAGAUGUACGGCAGCCACUCAGCUGAGCCCCAUCUUUCCAUGUCCCUGGCAUCUGUCGACUCAGAAGGCUCGUGGCUCUCAGGAAGAGUCGGUAGCCAAAGGAGCCAACGGAUGUCAUCUAUUCGUGAUAGGAUUCGAUCCCGACAACAAGACCGAGAAGCCAGGGCAGAUUCUCCUGCCAACAGCGCACGCGAUGAUCUUGAGAUUACCGAAGACGACUACAUGUCACGCCUGAGCCCCGAUCCAACGGCUCUAACAUUCAACACUCGUCUGUCGGGCGAGGGUCGUCCGAGCAGCGAUGGAGAAGAGCUCAUGGAAGAAGGCGAGGUCCGGUGGGGGGCUGUUGGAGCUCAACCGCAGUUUGUCUCACACGCAAACAACCGCGAUACCAUUCGCAGCCGCGAAGGCUUGCUUAACAUCGACUCGGGAGACGAGGAAGAUUUCGAAGCUCCCAUUUCACCCAUUUCUCCAAUUACCCCGAGCAUUGACGAGAAGGUCGACCUAGAGCGCGCCACAAGCGUGCGAAUGGAUCCUGGCCAUGCCCGCAACUUCAGCGCUGGAAGCGCGAAGCUGUUGGACAUACACCCACGAGCAUCUAUGGAUGGCAAGAGGAGGAGCCAAGAGAGGCCUAAUGGCGUGUAAGUUGAUGCUUUUGUGAUGCUAAUGAUUCCAACAGUCGAAAGAGUUCCCCGAAUCCAAAUGAGAGAGAAAAAAACGCAAAAAACAGAAAAGCAAAAGAGGAGUACCGUUUGAUGGUUCCAGUCUUUAUCUGGAACCGCCAUGGUGCACCGUUGAUGACUUUCCUUUGUACCACCUUAUAACUGACCCGAGUCACUCUCUUAUUUAUUUUCACUCCUUACAUGAUGACCGAAAAACGAUUAAAACAACAUUUAAAAAAGCUGAAAAAUCUAUACAAAACGAAACCAAAAAUAUACUGCUAAAAUGGGGAUCUCUUCGACUUCGGAAUCAUCGGCAUCUGAUAUUGCACAUCGAACCACCUUUGGACCUUUUGCUUCUUGGCAGACGUCUCGUUGUACAUUACAACCUUUGACGAACUAUGACCGGCGUUGGGCUGCUGCGUUUUGUUUUUUCUUAUUCCCAAGUACUUUUUUACAGGCACAUAUACCAGAUUUGAUACCCACUCUGCCGAAGGGGUCUAUUUUCCCGACUCUUUCGCAGCUCGUCUUGUGUUUCGGGGGGAGGCUGCGUCGUCCCGGAAGCUUGGGUAUCCGGGACCAAAAAAUGAUGAGCAUUUACAAACGAAAUGGGACGGUUCUUUUGCAUGAUGGCUGAUAUCUGCUUCUCGACUACUUUUUGUUGGUAGGCUGGUUGUGAUAUUUAUACAAUCUGUCCCUCAAGUAGGGAGGUGGAAUUGAGCUUUCAAUUUGAACCGUUGGACGAUUUAAAAUACAACAGAUUGAAAAAAAACUUACUGGGAAAACAAAAACUUAUAGAGGCUUCAUUCUGCAGGGCAGGUUGAUACUAUUGAUCAAAAUCUUGCCAUUUUUUAAUUGCGAUUUUUGGUAGUCAUUUUGACGGAGUGAUUUGUAUAUAUAGGAUGCCACUUUGUUGAGCAUAUGGCAGUUGAGAACGAUGAAGUAUCACGGUGGAAAAAUACAUCAUUGCGAUU